GGAAGGCACAUGCGGGCGGCUGCGUGGUUGCCAGGCCCUCUGGACCUCUGCCCUGCUUUUGCUACCCUUGUUUCCUUGCGCUGGCCGUACCCAGGGAUCAACACAGCGCACCUGGAACCACGACUUGGCCUCAUUCUGCUAGGCCCCGGAGCACGACGCGACGUCGUCAUAGCCAGUCCCAGUUUCAAUUGGCCAACCACUCGAAUUCCAGAGCCCAUGCCCAGGUGCCAUUCUUUUUAUUGCGACAUGGACUCGCUGCAAAGGCCUCCCGCUCCGGUCCCCUUCGGACGAGACUUGUCCCUCCCCUUCACCCACCCGGCCCCGCCCACAUGCCACCACUGCUCAGAAUCUCUCGAGCCUGGUUCCCAAGCCCUGCUACAUCGUGAUAGCUUGCUAGCAGCUUGUCCUGGGGCUGAGGCCUGUCAAAAACCCUCGCGCGGCCGCCCCGAGCUCCUCCGUUUGACCUUUUCACCUGCACCUGGCUCAUCCGACGGCCUCCCGUCAUCACUCCUAAUACAAGACUGGCUUCUGACACACGGCCGAUACAAAAAACGGCCCUCUCUCCGCGGCCCUCACCCGGCCCUCACCCGGCCUCACUCAUCAACCCAACCUGUCACACUCUCGCGUGUCUGCUGCGGCGUCUUGUCUGCCCGCCCUUGACUCUCUAGAAAGCUUCUGUGCCCUGCUGCAUUCAAGGCUCUUCAGCCCCCCCCCGCCGAGAACGCGGCCUCUCUGUGAGGGACAUUGGCGACGCUGUCGAUAAGGUCACCAGCCUUGCCACCAUGAGCAACCAGGGCGAGGCUCUCAAGGAGACGAGGCCGGUGUCUCUCUCUGGCAUGGUCUCCACCUUGGUACCUGUCGCAAUCACCGCUGGCGUCUAUUUUCUCAUCUUCAUCAUUCUCCGCCGGAGCCAAAGGCGCUUUUAUGCCCCUCGCUCUUAUAUCGGCAGCCUGCGCGAGAAUGAGCGCACGCCAGCCUUGCCAGGCGGCUACCUGAAUUGGAUCGGCCGCUUCUGGAAGAUACCCGACAGUCUGGCUCUCCAGACUCAGUCCCUGGACUCCUACCUGUAUCUGCGAUUUAUCCGCAUGACGGUUAUUAUCUGUUUCGUGGGGGUGUGCAUUACCUGGCCUGUCCUCUUCCCCGUCAAUAUCACCGGGGGCGGUGGCCAGGCGCAGCUCGACAUCCUCUCCUACGCCAACAUCGACCCGAUCGCCCAGGGCAACCGCUACUACGCGCACGCUUUUGUCGCCUGGGUCUAUUACGGUUUCGUCAUGUACCUGAUCUUCCGGGAAUGUGUCUACUACAUCAACCUGCGCCAGGCUUUCCUCAUCAGCCCUUUCUACUCCAACAGGGUGUCCUCGAGAACAGUCUUGUUCACCUCGGUUCCUGACAAAUAUUUGGAGGAGAGGGCUUUGCGCAAAAUCUUCGGCAACUCGGUCAAGCACAUCUGGAUCAACCACGAUAUCAAAGAAGUCGAAAAGCUGGUCGAAGAACGGGACAAGGUGGCUUACAAGCUGGAGAAGGCCGAGGUCAAGCUCAUCAAGCUCGCCAACAAGGAGCGGAUCAAGACCUCCAAGGGAGCACCCGCGGAGAACCACCACCCUCCCCUGGAUGCCGAGUCUGGGAGCGUUGCGAGCAGAUGGGUCCCACAAAAGAAGCGGCCCACGCAUCGCACCGGCCCUUUGGGUUUAAUCGGCAAGAAGGUGGACAGCAUUGACUGGUGCCGCUCAGAACUUGCUAGGCUCGUCCCCGAGACAGAAGCUGCGCAGGCCAGGUAUCUUUCUGGCGGCAACAAGAAGAUUCCUGCCGUAUUCAUCGAGUUCAAGAGCCAGGCCGAAGCUGAGACGGCCUAUCAAGUCCUGGCACACCACACAGGCCUCACCAUGGCCCCGUCCUACAUCGGUAUCACCCCGAAGGAUGUUGUAUGGAGCUCCUUGUCCAUUUCUUGGUGGCAGAAAAUUGUCCGGCGGUAUGCUGUCAUUGCCUUCAUCACCGCACUGAUUAUCUUCUGGGCUAUUCCCGUGGGCGUCGUCGGUGCCAUCAGCAACAUCCAAUACCUCGAGGACCAGGCUUGGUUGGCGUGGCUCAAAAAGAUCCCGGACAUCAUUAUGGGUGUGGUCAGUGGCCUUCUCCCUUCAGUCGCACUCGCGAUCCUGAUGUCACUGGUCCCCGUCAUCAUGAGGCUUUGUGCGAAGCUGUCGGGAGAACCCUCCUACUCUCGGAUCGAGCUUUUCACGCAAAAUUCGUACUUCGCAUUCCAGGUCAUCCAGGUCUUUUUGAUAACUACACUCACCUCAUCUGCGUCGGCAGUGGUAGACCAGAUCCAGAACAACCCGGCGGCAGUCACGUCAAUUCUGGCGAAUAGUCUCCCCAAGGCAUCCAACUUCUACAUCUCCUACUUCAUUGUCCAAGGCCUCACUAUCGCCUCGGGCGUCAUUUCCCAAGUUGUUGGCUUCAUCAUCUUCAACCUUCUCUACAAAUAUCUUGCCGGCACCCCUCGCGCCCUCUACAACAAGUGGGCGAAUCUGAGCGCAAUUUCAUGGGGAAGCACCCUGCCCGUAUACACUAACAUCACAGUGAUUGCGAUCACAUACGCAGCAAUCGCGCCUCUUAUGCUAGGAUGGGCGACCAUCGGGAUGUCCUUGUUCUACUUCGCUUGGCGAUACAAUGUUCUGUUCGUCACGGACACUCAGAUCGACACUCGCGGCCUCAUUUACCCGCGAGCAUUGAAGCAGCUAUUCACCGGCAUCUACUUGAGUGAGCUCUGCCUGAUCGGUCUUUUCGGUGCCUCGGUGGCCGUCGGGCCCUUGGUACUUAUGGUUGCCUUCCUUAUCUUCACUGUUCUCUUCAAUCUCAGCCUCAACAAUGCUCUGGACCCGCUUUUGUACAACCUCCCGCAGAGUUUGAUGGCCGAGGAAGAACAACGCCGCGCAGGCUUGGAGGCGACGAUCAGCGAUGAGAAAGCCGUGGCCAACGGAACGGGAUAUGCAACAGAAUCUCCGGGCGGUCAGGCAAAGAAGGGCAACUUCAUCAUCAAGUUCCUCAAGCCCUGGGUCUAUGCCGACUACUUCACACUGCGUUCAUACCUGCCCGACCGCGAAGUUGACUUCAAGGUGACGGAGAAGCUGGAGGCCGAGGCGUACCUGCCGAAUGUUGUCACAUCACAGCCACCGCUUCUCUGGAUCCCUCGUGACCAGGCUGGUGUUUCAGCGCAGGAGGUUGCGCACACGGGCAAGGUGAUCCCGAUCACAGACGAGGGCUGUGAGCUGGAUGACAAGAACAAGCUUGUGUGGGAUCAGGAUGGUGCCAGGCCCCCAGUGUGGGAGGAGAAAGUUAUCUACUAAUUAUGCCUGUCUGGCGUUAGUGUCGGGCCUAAUUUCUGUCUUCGAGAAAGAUGGGCUGUGCAAGAGGUGGAACUGGUGUGCCGGACGGUGGCAGGACGGAGUUGGAACGACGGAAGAUGAACGACUCAAAAAAAGAAAGGCGCUACGUAUCUUGACUGGCGCGUGGCUCCUUGUUUCGAUUCGCGAUAUACCCGGUUUCUACCCCAACCGAUGUGGCUAUCCUGGAUUCGUUAGACCGCAGGAGCAAUGGGGUUAUGAUACCACUUCAUCCUUUAAUAUCAAUAUUCUGACGUUCACACCUUG